GGUCGGGAGAAUCGGUUCGAAAACAGCAAGCCCCCGAGACGUUUUCAGUGACAACCGUGAUAGAAGAUAACGCGUGUUAUAAAACCAUAACCUCGGUUUAUUUUCCUCUCCGUCGGCUCUCACACAUCAGAAAGGAUGUUCAAAAUCAGUGCGAAUAAGGGGGAAACACCCUAAAAAAGGUAACACGAUUGUGCAAAUGAGAAUAAAGAUGGUGUGUAGGUGCUGUCUGGAGCAGAGUCAUUGAGGUCGUUAAACGAAUUGUUCAUGGUGGAGAGCAAUUAGGCAGGAAGGCCUCAAUACGAAGCAUUCACACUGGCCGAAAUCAGCCCGGCUGGAUAUUAGCCUCUCCUACUGCAGCUCCGGGAACUUGCCAGAAUCCGCAUGACACAUAUCCUGCAGCGCCAUCGGAAAGUGAAGCUCGAACUUGAAGUGUGAGUGUGUGGGCUAUGCAUGCCCGCGGUGGAUCACAAUGGCAGAGUCGAAGAAAAAAUUCUCUGGGCCCGCUGCGGCGCGCCCAUCCCGCGUCCGGUGCAACCUGGAAUGUGCAAGUUGUGCGUGGCAAAAUGACAUCACGCUGCCUUUGGCACGCAUGUCGGGCCCUGGUCCUAGGCAUCGUACUCAUGCUGGUCGGCGGCGGGAUGGCUACCGUCGGAUAUUACGCCAACAACUUCCCGUCGCUUUCCGAUGUUAAGAGCAACAGCACCUCGACGAUUCGCGUCAAAAACGAGCAUCGGGGCCUACAUCUGAACAACCUGUCCUACGUUGGCCCCAUCAUCAUGGGGGUUGGAGGUUUUAUCGUUGUGGCAUCAUGUGUAAUGACGUUCGAGGCUCGCGAUUCAGCUGCCAAAGUGGUGCCGGCUCGUUUUAAGCUGAGUGGCAACGCCCGCAACACCAGCCGCAAUAACACAUCUCGACGAUCCACGACCAAUUCCAAUGGUCCAGGUCCGGUUGGACCGCAAACCGCCAGAUGGGAGCAACAUUUAGGGGUGUUUAGAACAUCUCCGGCCGUAGAACAAGUUCCAGACCGGAAAGCAUUGACAGCGGCGUUGGUUCACUUCUCCAGGGCGCUAGGAACGCCUAAGGCAACACGCGAACAGCUCGAAGGUCGACGGAUGUCCCGAAGUGAUUCCGUGCCCAAUCUAACAGCCGAUAAGCUGACGGUCCCGUUGGCGACGGGAUCCCCCGCUGGGGUACGGUCCCUCGUCCGGCAACCCAGAGGGUCCCGUGUGAGUAGUAUGGUUCACAGAUCGACACGUGAAACAAACGGCAGCUUGUUGCACCCGGGAAUGCUCCAAUUCCACCGACAUGCGCUUUCCGUAGAUCGACCGGAACCAUUGCAGGCGAAUUUGAAGCAGACUGGCUCGCACGGAUCAAUGCACUACGGAAGCCCAAGCGAUAUGCCUAUCGUGCACAAAUUGCGUGACCGGACCAAACGCUCCGAUACGGCCCGGAAGCACGUUCUGUCCCGUCAAACCAAAAUAGAGAAAGACGAACCGGGCAGUCCGAAGCCGAACCCUUUCGCAAACAGUCGGCGCUCGUCGACCAUUUCGAAUGCCUCAUCCAAGCUGAACAAGAGCAGCAGCAGACGUGCCUCAACCAUUUCCAAAACACCCAGCGUAGACUCGAGGGGGGCGGCUUCGACGGUGGAGGUCACCAGCACGGAGCCAUCGUUGCUGGCCAUGACACCACGGAGAGGCAAUAAUCCGAUGGCACAGAUGUCUACGUCGCCGUCGUCGAUGGAAAAGGAAUGUCGGAGUCAGCCAUCGAUUUGCUCCGAUCCAACCGGACGUCAACUUUCAUGCCAAUCGAGCUUAGAACCGUGUGUGCCCGAGGAAGAAAGUCCAGAGCUGGAAGAGGUGCUGCACGACAUGACAGCGACGGCGUCCGCCAGCAGUCAACAGCGCACAAACUCGACCCACGCCAACGACAAAUCCAAUCGACCGGAUACGCUUGUCCUAGGCCGGAUAGGAGAUGGACCGCUGGGUGCUGAGAAGACCAAUCGUUUCCUCUAUCGAAGCAAUUCGACGAAAAGCUUCCGCAAACCGAAGCCGAAAAUCAAAUGCAAGAAACUGAGCAACGAAUUCGAUCAGAUUUACGUUAUUAGCAGUAGCUCCGGCAACGAGUAUGAGGCUUCCACGGCUGCCGGAAGUAAUCGUUAUCCUAAUUUCCAUCACGCACGCGACGAUGAAUAUGAUUCGAUUGAGGUGAUAUACGAGCGACGCAGUAAGAACUUUUCAAAAUUCAACAACACUGGCGGAGAUGAGCAUCAACCUCAGGAACGGUUAAGUGGAAAGCAGGAAAGUGACGAUCUCUGCCCGGUGGGGGAGAGUUUGGGGCUGAACAAAUUCAGUGUGGUCGCUGACAUUUCCCCGGCGAUUGCAAGCGUCCAUACGAGCCCGGACAAGAUUGCCGAACGAACAUCGCCGGCGCGAAAUGACGCCGGAAAUGGAAGCUUCGCCGAGCUCAGCCAGCAGGGCGAAGGCUCAACGGAUAAAGAAGACAGUGGGAUACAGGACACUAAUUUCAAUAGCUCUAUUCAACGGUACGACACGGUGAUCUAUAAUGCAAGUGCAAGUGUGGAGAGUGAGGAAGCAUCUUUGGUGACGGUCGAGGGCAAUAGAACUGACUAGAAGACUUGGUGAUGGUGAUGAACGAGAGGCAAUGGAUGAAAGUGUGAAAAGAAAUGUGACGAUGUUGGCACUAGAGUUAAGUCUAUGCACGGUCAGGAAGAAGAAAGUGGUAAUAACACUAUUAAGGUGUAGGCGUUUGUAUGAGCGAGAGAAGUUAAUUACCAUGACAAGGGUUGAGUGAGGCCAUUGUCUGUUUAUUUAUUCAGUAUUCAUCAGAUUAUGGCUGCACUGUUGUGUCCUGAUUCCUCGCUUGAGUGGCGACGAGAUUUGUCCGAAACAGAUUAGUCGAUGCUAUUGGAUGGGGUUGGAAUUGUUGGGAUAACACAAAUAUAGAUAGCAGAACGAUGUUGUUGUUAUAUAAUUACCGGCAUGGUUUAUAUCAUCGUUUUCUGCCAGCCUUAUUUUGAUUUAAUUCGUCGCAUUAUUGGCCUAUGGCAAAUGUACGCAGCGGGACAUUUGUUUGAAAACAUAUUUAAGAAACACUCUGGAUAAAAAUGUGCAAGUGAAGUUUGGGACAUUUACAUAACCGGAGAGACGUCGGACUUCACCAAGAGCUGUCAAUUGAAACAACUUAUCGAAAAUUCAAGUAGAUUUCUGUAUCUAUUACGAAAUUAUGUCUCCCAUGGUCUCAAAAACAUCAUUCCCGAAAAAAUAAUCUAAAAUUCUGAUUCAAUUGCUUUGGCGGCAACUGUAGCAAUUACAAUGGAACGAAUUUUUCACCUUCAGUUUUCAACCGAUGAUCACGGUUCUCUAUAUUGAAAAAUUUCUACUACUUAUCCGGCUUGCAAUGUGUUCUACUUUGAAGUCACAUUUUUAUCCGGAAAUAAUGCACAAAUUCGUGAAGAUUGAAUGAUCGAUCGAACAAUCACCAACCACUACUAAGGGGAGUGGGGGUAAGACGGACAUGGACAGAACUUCAAUUGUAUUUUUGGAAACUCAUGUUUCCCAAAACUUCAAUACAGUUUCUUACAAUUCAAUAUACUGUUUAUCGGAAUAAUCAGCCAAAUUUUUUUACAAAGAAGUAUUUUUCCAUGUUCCCGUGUUUCCACUGAAAUUAAACCGAAAACCGAAAAGUAGAACAUUUCUUUCAAUGUUAUUGAUCCACUUUGCUGAGAUGAGGGUAUCCAAUUUUCAGAGAUUUUUGACGACUUUUCCUAACUUUUUCACUCCACGAUAAUUUUUCCUCCUUCGUUGAAAAGAAUGCUGCUGCAUCUUUUUCGUCGAGGAGUAGCGUUUUAUAAUCCGAUCUUCCAGUGUACUCUCUAGCUCAGUGGUCUCCCAGAUCGAAAAUCUUUGAUCCAUACUUUCUAGGGUUUGUAACAUACUCGUAUGCAACUCCUUCAAAAAUAAACUUCAUCAUUAACUAUUGAUCCGUCCGGAUCUAAAAUCAUCGUCUGAAUGUGUUUUUUAUUCCGGCCAUAGAAUUGUGAGACACAAAUAUUUGUUUUUAUUUUUGAUAUUUUCUUGUCAACAGCUAGGUACUAUGCUUGACAUAACACUUAAUUGAUAUAAUAGUAACAAUCAGUCAUAUUAAUUCAACAUGCAAAAAAUGUUAAGGUAAGAUAUUGAAUGUAAUGAGAAAGUGUCCGGAUUCAAUAGCUUUACAGUACUCUUUCCAUCACUUUGAAUCGAUAUUCGGAUGUAUUUACAAAGUUUCGAGAGAGUUUAUGAGCAUUCUUGUACAGUAACUGAAUGUUUUUGAAACGUAAGCAACUUACUUCAUUUGUCACAGACCCAACAUGUGUGCUUUAAUGAGCAUGCGUUCAAUAAAACUAGUUCAACGAAGCCUUUGGAAGAUAUUUUUAUGAGAAGUACGAAAGAAAUAGCACUCGAAUCAGGAACUACGAAAAUUGACACACUUCACAUACUAAAUGCUGGUUCGAAAUGAAAAAUGCGUCUAACUUAACUAACUAAUAGCUUCUCAAAAUAUUGAUUCGAAAUUCGCGAAAAAAGUAAGUUUUACUUAAGAUGUCCGUCUUUACCGCCUUUCCCCUAUCUGUGGUAGCUGCGGCCAACACUGAUAUCAUGAUUAAAUGAAUGGAAAGCGCAGCAUGAAAACAGUCUUAAUAGACCUAUAAAAAUUCAAAUAGCGAAAACCCUAGGAACCUCCAAAAAAUAAGUAUAAGUGUCGAAGUACUAUAACCAUAACCAAUAGACAUGUUUGUGGCAAUAUGCUGAGCUCUUCCAGUCUAGCACAAACCGACAAACCAAAGUGAUUCGGAACAUAGCGACAAAAAGUGGAAAUAAAUCUGUCACAAGAAUUCUCUGUUCAAUGGGGUGAAAACAAGCGGAUUCGAGAGCCACUUAUAUGUGUCCACAUGUAAGCUGUGAUGCCAUCUGGGUGUUGUAAAAGUUACCCCUAGAUGAAAUGGAGAAAAAAAAAUUGAACAAUGAGUUUUUAACUCGUGCUUCGCCACACCAAUACGGGUGAACGUGGCAUUGGGGGGAUUGAAAAAAGAAAUGAAAGAUUCCACGGAUUACUGAAUCUGUCGUUUUUCCACAGAUUUUAUUGCUACGUUUCUUUGCAGUUUGGAAUCUCCACAUGGAGGGUUGGAAAUAUUGGAAUAUAAGAUGUUUUGAGGAAUUUUGCCUCUAUGUUUCCACGAGAAAAAAAAAUGAAAUGAAUCAACAGUAUCCUUGAAGUACGGACACAUCAAAACACCCACAUAUCAAACCGAUUGUGUGGUUUGAUGUUCAUUUUACCUUGAACCCACCGUGCCCAACUAACACAGCUUAUAUCGGAAAAUGGCCACCGUUUGCGGUCGGAAAAACAUUUUUCCUUCUCCCCACGAAAACACGAUGGCAAAAAUCGAGUCAUCCAUCGUGGCUAACCAAGCGGGUGAUAACCGCCGAAGGGUGACAGGCGGAUUCAUUUAUCAUCGCUCGCCAGUUUCGCUAUGUGGGUGGGCAUUGGAUUGUUUGAUGUUAUCCCCUUGCCGGUGGUGCUUCGGACAUUCGAGGCACUGUUUAUCGUUAUUCGACGCAAACAGGUAGGAUUAUUUGUGUUGUGAUGCUGAGAAAUAUGACUAGUUUGAAAUGCAUUCAAUUUGUCGAGGUUGUUUAUUUGACUUUUAUGAUACAGGUUCACCCCUGGAACCGUACGAUAACAAUGUCCGUCUGUCUUCUCUGGUCGUGACAUUUGAAGCAUUUAAGCAUAUGAACGAAACCGUCAGUAUAUCGACAAAUCAUCGAUAGGCCAAGAUAAAGGGCCUGGCCGGGUAAGGGAGUAAAAAGUGCCCCCAAACCAAAUCACUAGCUGUAUGGCAAAUAUUGUAAAGGAUAUUAAAUAAGAAAUUUUGGCUGUUUAUUUGAACCCCUAUGUGGUUUGACGUAGGAUCUAUAGUGAAAAACGUACUUUUUCGCUUAUUUCACGCCAUCCUCAAAAGAUCCGAGAUAAAAAUUUGAAAAAAAUACUGAAUGUGCAUCUUACUACGGUGUAUCAAGAAAAAUUUCAUCAAAAAUUUUAGUACCAAAAAAAAAUUGAAAUUUUGAAAAUUUUUGUUUUUGACAUUUAGAGAUUCAGUACUACUCUAAUUCAUAUUUAAAUGUGUUUCUACGGCUUUCCUAGAUAUGUGUGAUUUUUUUGAGAUUUUUUUCAGUGUUGCGCGGUAUCAAAAAAUAUUUUUUUUAUAUUUCCAAAGAGUGGUUAGGUAAGGGAGUAAAAAGUGCCCCCAAACCAAAUCACUAGCUGUAUACCAAAUAUUGUAAAGGAUAUUGAAUAAGAAAUUUUGGUGGUUUAUUUGAACCCCUACGUGGUUUGACGUAGGAUCUAUAGUGAAAAACGUACUUUUUCGUUUAUUUCACGCCAUCCUCAAUAAAUCCGAGAUAAAAAUUUGAAAAAAAUACUGAAUGUACAUCUUACGGUGACCGGAAUAAAUCGCCACAGUAAACAACUGCAACAGAAACAACCGCUUAGAAAAAGUGUAGUAGGCUAGAAAUAUUUGGCGCGGGAAAAACAUCAUGUGCCUCACAUUUCUAUUAUAAAUUUAUUCUCUUGUUCUCGUUUUUCGAAAUUUAUUCUGAGGACAAUGUAAUGGGGACGAAGUCCCCAUUUGGCGAGGAUAAGGAAUCGAGGCGGCCCAUGCCGCCAAGAUGACGCAAUCCGAGUCCACCGCCGACCCGCCGUCGGAAGCGGCGGUGUCUCGCACGCAAACCUGGGAUCCACUGAUUGCCCGGUUAGUUUGAAACAUAGGAUACGAUCCUUUAGCAAUGUCCGACCGAGCUCUAGCGAGCGUCGGACGGUAUACGUCUGCCCGGGGCGUUACGUUUGCCUGGGGCGAUACGUUUGCCCGGUUAAUUCUUGUUUUGAAAUACAAUACCGCGCCACAAUAUUUAUAGCCUACUACACAUUUUAUAAGCGGUGGUUUCUGUUGCAGUCGUUUUCUGUGGCGAUUUAUUCCGGGAACCA